AUGGAUAUCAUGACAGGAAACUCAUCAUUGAAGUCUGUGAGAUGGUUGCGAACUACCAGAUCCUACACGCCAUUACUCAUACAGAAGAGUUUUUGUCUUUUCUUGACCACUUUGUUGCUUUUUACCACACUUGGAUUUUGUACUGGAGCAUAUUGGCAGUCACUCAAGUCCAACACUCCUUUUGGCCAAGUUGCCAAGGAAUUCGAACUGCACGAAAUAUUUACCGAGGCGCCAUCGUUCGAGACCAAUGCUGCGUGGGGCGAAUUGAUCCCUCGGGGGAGGGGAUUUGUCGUAGUGGACUCAACCGACACCCCGGUUCCCUAUGUCGGAAUUGAAGCGAAUUUAGCGCAGGUGAGAGCGGUUGCGGUUUACCACCAAAUUCAUUGUUUGAAUGAACUGCGCCUUGGGUACUACGCCAAUCAGACUUUAUCCGUUGAUCGGAAUGCAACGAUUCGCCAACAUUACCAUUCGGAGAAUCAUAUGAAGCAUUGUUUUGAUUACCUGCGGCAAUCGUUGUUGUGUGCAUCUGAUACCACAUUGGAAACGCUGCAAGUAAAGAAUGAAGGCAAUAAGCCCGCGGUAGAUGGUUGGGGUAUAACACAUUUGUGCCGGGAUUAUGAUAAGGUCUCAGACUGGACAUUACGUCAUAGGGCUAGUGAUAUUGGCGGAGUAUAG